AUGGGGCACUACCUUGCCGAAGACGACGUGCUUGCGCUCCAUCUCACCCAUGUGCGCGCUAUGCUCGCGCGUGUGGUGACCCCAGUGUGCCCGAACAACCUGGACGACGUGGCAGCGCUCGAUGACGUGAUCCAAGCGCUGGUGGACCCUCGCAUGCUGCACCAUCCCGCGCAGCGGGUGCAGGGCCUCGCGUUGGCCUGCUUGCGGGAGGCUCUCCGCGUGUGCAGACUUGACGACUCCGACGCCGAUGCUGCGGCCGCUGCCGGCGACGGCGGCGCGCAAGUUGAGAGCUGUACCUCCGCGCGCGACUCACCACUCAUGCCUUCCGACGAGUCCCUGUCGCCCUAUACUAAACUCUCCUUGUCCGCUCGUCGCGGGCCUCAAGAUUCCGCCCUGCAGGCGAUGGCUUUAUCGGGACGUGGUCGCGGAUUAUCGAGGAGCGGAGCAGCGGAGCUCAAUCUGAAGCCGGAGCGAACGCGGCUUGUGUUCGGCGAGAGUUGGCUCCGAGGCAGCACGGAGAUGCAUCAAGCCAUCAGGGAGAAGGAUUGGAACAACACAGCGCUGGGUCCACAAGCAGAGUGGCCUCCAACACUUAAGACCGCACUCGACCUAUGUCUCACUUCCAGCUUUCCAUUCGUAAUACUGUGGGGUCCUGAGCGGCUGUUACUCUACAACGACGCCUAUCGAGGCAUCAUGGGCGACAAGCAUCCAGAGUUUCUAGGCAAGGGUUACGCAGCGUGCUGGCCCAAUAUCGGAGAGGAGCAAAACACGUUGAUGAGCCUUGUCGAGCGAACAAAGAAGGCCAACUGGGUCGAGAACGUCAUGCUUCCGCUCAACCGGUAUGGCUACAUGGAGGAAUGCUAUUUCACCUACUCGUACAGCCCGCUGGUGUCGGACAACGGCAACGUGGAAGGACUUUUCACGGCCGUCACCGAGACCACGACUCGCGUCAUCACCGAUCGACAGACACGAACGAUUCGUGAUCUCUCGGUUCGAGGAGAAGAAGCCUGCACGCUCAAGGACGCCGUGCGAGUGAUUCAAGAGAUCGUGGCUUAUACAGCCAAGUUUGACAUCUCGUUCGCCAACAUCUACAUGGUGGACGAGCGAGGGAGACGAGCGAUUCUCACCGAGACCAUCGGCAACCUGACCAAGGGCUCUUCCAUGUGUCCGACGCUUGUCACGAUUCCGAAGCUAAUCUCACGAUCAGACAGCAGCGACAUCGGCAGGAGCGAAGACAGCGGCAAGAGCGAAGAGAGCAGCAAAAGCGAUAGUCGAAGCAGUAGUUCGGAAGAGGACGAGGAGCUGGGCGGGAUGUGGUGCUCCAUCUUCCGGGAAGUCCUGUCCGAUAAGCGACCGCAGAUCUUGGACUUGACGUCGUUCGGCGGCGAAGUGCCUCCCUGCAGUGCCUGGGGCGAGGCCGAAAGCGACCGUCCGAGUAGAGCGUGUAUGGUGUCGCCCAUGCUGGCCUAUAGCGGCAGCGACAAGGUGUUCGGGUUGCUCGUGACAGGCAUCAAUCCCCGUCACGAGAUCGAUGACAAUUACCGGUUAUUUUUGCACCUGUUCACGACCAACGUGGCCUUGAUCAUCACCUACGCCCUUGCGCGGGAGGAGGACGCCCGACGACGGGAAGCCCUGGCCGAACUCGCGCGGGCGAAGACGGUGUUCUUCUCGAGCAUCUCGCACGAGUUCCGCACGCCGCUCACCCUCAUGCUCGGGCCGCUCGAGGACUUGAUCGAGACCGCCAUGUUGCCGGGCGAGAAGGAGCAACUGGCGCUCAUCCACCGCAACGCUCUGCGGCUCUACAAGCUCGUCAACUCGCUGCUCGACUUCUCGCGCCUCGAGGCCGGGCAUGCGCACGCCUCCUUCGAGCCGGUCGACUUGGCGGAUCUCACGCAGGGCCUGGUCGCCAUCUUCCGUGCAGCCGCCGAACGAGCGGGGCUAGGGUGGGAGGUAGAUUGCACUCAGGAGCUGGAGGAGCCGGUCUACGUGGACAAGGACAUGUGGGAGAAGAUCGUGCUCAACCUCCUCUCCAACGCGCUCAAGUUCACGUCACACGGGCGCAUCCACAUCACCAUGAAGUCCGUCUACGUGCCGACUGCGGAGAAAAAGAUGGCCGAGCUGGCAGUGACGGACACCGGCAUCGGCAUUCCCACGGAGGAUCUGCCGCUCCUGGGCAAUCGGUUCCAUCGCGUAGAGACGCCGGGCGGUCGAUCCCAGGAAGGCACCGGCAUCGGCCUUGCCUUGGCGUUCGAACUGGUUCGCUUGCACGGCGGAACCAUCUACGUCACCAGCCAGAUCGGUCGUGGGUCGACGUUCCGGGUCUACAUUCCAUUCGGUAUAGAUCACCUGCCGCCCAGCCAAAUCAAGCGCAUCGUGAAUCCUCUUCGACCGCGAAUCCCGUACACGCCUCGCGACGGGUGGUCCACCACCGCCGGUGGUGCCGGGCCAGAUCUAAAGGAGACCGACGAGCCCGAUGCCGCCCACAAACGCGCCGAUGCGCGGAACUACUCGAAGACGGCGUCGUGGUGGCUGCCUUCGAUCGCUACUACUACACUGCCCACUGCGGCCCGAUCGUCGUCAUCGCAGUCCUCUGAGUCCGAUAACUCGUCGACGCCACCAUCUUCAUCUUCAUCGAUGUCUCCCAGUUCUUCCGACUUGCCGCCAUCGCCGCGGUCACGCACAGCAUCGUCCUUCAGCAUGGCACAGCCUUCGCGAUCGCGCAGGCGAAGAGCCCGUUGGAGGGGGAAGGAAAACAAGGCGCGCAUUCUGUUGGCGGACGACAACCUGGACAUGCGCGACUACGUUGCGCGAUUGCUCUGCCCCAAGUACCAGGUCAUCUGCGCGUCGAACGGUAUCGAAGUGCUGAGCAUGCUUGAGUCCAGCAAGGAGUUCGACAUGGUGCUUACGGAUGUGAUGAUGCCGUACCUUGACGGCUUCGGCCUUCUCAAAGAAAUACGAUCGCAGAAGGAGUAUUGCACGAUGCCGGUCAUCAUGUUCUCGGCACGCGCCGGCAAGGAAACGAUCGCCGAAGGCCUUGCCGAAGGCGCGGAUGACUAUCUCAUCAAGCCCUUCACGGCACGCGAGCUGUUGACCCGUGUGGCCUCCCUUCUCCGGCUGUCCCGCCUGCGCCUCAAGGCCGCCCGCACCGAGAAAAUGCUCCGCAUGGAGAUCAAUGAGAGCAAGGAAAGGCUGGAGCACAUUUUGGCGUCACUGAAGGACGCUUUCAUCGCGCUCGACUCGCAGCAGCGCUACACCUACGUCAACAACAACGCGGCCGAGAUGCUUGGUUCCAGGAAGCAGCUAAUGCUCGGACACAACGUGUGGCAACACAUGACCGACGUGGAGAGCGGCAUCAUUGCUCGCAGUCUGGAGAAGGCGAUGCGAGAGGAGCUCGACGUCGUGUUUGAAUACUACUCCGAGCCGCGCAAAUGCUGGUACGAGAGCAGAGUGUGUCCGGGGGCGGACGGCGGCGUGUCCAUCUUCACCAUCGACAUCACGUCGAGGAAGAAGUCGGAGAAUCGGCUUGCCGUUCUGGCUCAGGUGGGACGACUGCUGGCGACCAGCGUCGAAAGCCAUCUUCCGUCGCUCCUCGCGUCCAUGCUCGACAUCGUUGGCGGUUCGGUGGUGGCCGACUGGUGCAUCAUCGACUUGGUGGCCGAGAACGGCUCCCUCCAGCGCAUCGCCUCACCGAACGCGGCCACGCACCUGUGGCAAAUCCAGAAGCUCACUCCAGACGAAGGCGAAGACAGCUGCGAUGUCGACGGCAGUGCGGAGUACCACGAGGUGGUUGAGCUGAUCAACGGCGAACGCGUCGGGAUCAAGUCCGACCUCUCGCCGGAGGACUACAACAUCGUCAUGCACGUGCUGCAGGGACACGGCCGCGUCUACGGCACCUGGCUCUUCGCCCGCCGCUCCUCCGAGCAGAGCAAAUACCGGGGAGAGGACAAGGCGGUGUGCGAAGAGUUGGCGGGACGAGCGGGAAUGGCGAUCGACAACGAUCGGCUGUACCGUAUGGCCAACACCGCCAACCGCGCCAAGGACAAUUUUCUCGCCGCGCUGUCGCACGAGCUGCGCACCCCGCUCACGCCCGUCCUGCUGCUGGCCGAAUCCCUGCUCGACGAGGGGCACUUGCCGCCAGACGUGGAGGAGAACGUGAAACAGAUUCACGCCUCGAUCGUGUUGGAGGUGCAGCUCAUCGACGACCUCCUCGACCUCACCAAGAUUUCGCGUAACAAGCUGAGGCUCAACCUGCGCGAACUAGGGGUGCACGAGGUGCUCGAACGCACGCUGCAAAUCGUAGGGCACGAGAUCGGCGCCAAGGGUCUCGCCCUGCGGAAGCACUUUGACGCCACGUCCGACCGCCUCACCGGCGACCCUGCGCGACUGCUGCAGAUAUUUGCCAAUGUUAUAAAGAAUGGGGUCAAGUUCACGCCCGAGGGCGGCAGCAUCACCAUCCGCACGUCCAACUACGAGGGCCACCGCAGGCGCGCUGCAGCGAUGUUGCCCGGGGAGGAAUCCUACUCCGAGAGCGACAACGGGACGGAGGACGAGGAGGACAAGAGGGUGGAGCGCCACACGACCCGACGGGAGAUGGUGCGCAUCGACAUCACGGACACGGGCAUCGGCAUCGACGAGCAGAUCUUGCCGCACCUCUUCCACGCCUUUGAACAGGGCGACGCCUCUAUCACCGUGCGCUUCGGCGGCCUGGGCCUGGGCCUCGCCAUCGCCCGGGCUCUUACUGAGAAGCACAGGGGCAAGCUGACCGCGACAAGCGAGGGCAAGGACAAGGGCGCCACCUUCAGUGUCCACCUGCCCACGGGCACCAAAGCCACGGCUCUCGACCUGAGCAACAGCCCCAUUCUGACGCCGUCGGAACCCAAACAAGCGUGUCUAUCGCUACGGGUAUUGCUCGUGGAGGACAACCUGAGCACGCUCAUGAUCAUGUCGCGCCUCCUGCGCCAGAAGCUCAACUUUGACGUCGCCAUCGCCUCCUUCGUCGCAGAUGCGCUGAGGGUGAUGGACGAGGGGAGGGGAGCGUUCGAUCUGGUGAUCAGCGACAUCGGGCUGCCGGACGGUACGGGCCAUCAGUUGAUGGUGGCCCUCAAGGCCAAGUACCCCGGCCUCAAGGGCAUCGCGCUGUCGGGCUACGGGAUGGAGGAGGACGUGCGGCUCAGCCGUGAGGCCGGGUUCGACGUGCACCUCACCAAGCCCGUACACUUCGCCUCCCUCACCGCCGCCAUCCACCAGCUCUUCAUCAACCGACCACCAUCGCCAUAA